AUGUACUUUACGGAUGAGUCGUCACCGACAAUGAUUAGGGCUAAUAAAAAAAGAAACAGACUUUCCUUCGUUUGUCAGGCUUGUCGAAAAGCCAAGACCAAGUGUGACCAGGAAAAGCCUCGAUGUGGCAGAUGUACCAAACAGAAUCUGUUUUGUAUUUAUGAUGUUGCCAGACAGCCGGCCCCAAGAAACCCGAAUAAAGAUGCUACCAUAGCGAGAUUGAAAAAGGACAUUCGAUACUGGAGAAAUAAAACCGUAGAUCUGACUCAAGAAAAGAAGGACUUUUACACUGCAUUGAAAAGACCCACUGAAGAGUUAAACACUAGGAGAGCAUGUAAAAGUUUGCAAGAAAACAGUUUUCCAAUAAGUCUUUAUAAGACUCAUCCUAGGCUGAUUAUGACCAAGGUAAUGAAAAGAGAAAUCAAUCCUUUAUCAGAAAAAUACCUGAUAUUUCAAGAUACUUUCCUUAAAACAUUGAUUGCAUCUGUGCUUUUAAGUUCAUCCAGAAACUCCAUGAUUCCUGCCUUAAAUGCAGAUAUUAGCAGCUCCAGGACACAACCAUGCGUAAAGAAUAACGUGGUGAAAAUGAAAGAAGUUCUAUUGAAAAAUUCAAAAUAUGAAUCACAGAGAAAGUCCAUCAAUGAGUUUACUGACAGGCUUUUGCAGAGGAAGAACCCAGAAGAGCAGUCUGCAAUUAAUAAGGUGAUUUCUUUACUAUACAGUAACAGGGAAUCGUCAUACCUAGAGGAUACAUGUCCUUCCGAAAACGACUAUUCGGAUUUGUUGAAAGGCUACAUCAAUGAAAUUGAAAAGACUCUUCCUCCAAAGGCUAUUACAGAACAAUAUCUUUCUCACUUUUUUGAGCAUAUUUUCCACUUAAUACCGUUUGCGAGCAAAGAAAUGUUAGAAGAGUCUAUACACACAACAGUGCAGUACAAUGGACUGGGGGAGGUACGACUAUCCAUGGGGACAACUCUUAUACGAAACAAAAUGGAAAAUUUAUGUAUCUUACUGUUAAUAUUGAGGAUUGCCUACAUCUCUUUAACAUUUAUAGAAGAUAAGAUCGAAGAUUACAGCCCCUAUAUUACUAAAGAUAUGUUAGAGAAAUAUCCUAUCCAAAGCGAGGUAAUUUUCUUAGCCCAGCAGAUACUUGCAUCUGAGAAUUGGUGUGCUUGCGCAAACGAAAAUACCAUCUCAUGCCUACUUUAUAUUUGGUGUGCAUUUGUUUUCUCCCCUACUGAGGGUGACUUUUUGUUAGAGCAACCAUCUGAUGUUAUUAUUAACCUUGUGAUAAUAAUAGGUACGUCCAUCGGAUUGCAUCGUGAUCCAUCGGACUUUCCAGCCUUGAAUCACCCCGAAAUUUCAGACAAAAGGCUGCUGAACCUAAGAAGGAUACAAUGGUUAUCAAUCAUUUCUAUGGCAACUUUAGAAUCAAGUCUGAAAGGUAGGCUGUUAGUAUCACCCCUUUCUAUGAUUGAUCUUUUCAUUAAUGUCCGAGAUCCUAAUUGCAUAGAAAUCUAUAAAAAACGGGUUAAAAAGGAUCUAACAGGUUCCGAAUCAGAUGAACAAUUACUAGAAAUCCAUGAAAUAUUCUUUCACAGAGCUCAAUUGGCACUAUUCUUGUCUGAUUUGAACAACAUAACUAUUUCUUACAGUGGUUCGGUUCCAAUGGACACGAUAGAAACGUUGCGCAUUAAGGCUAACGAACUGCUGAAGAACAACUUUCAGUUAAGAAGUGUGGAUAUCAAUAUCUAUGAUGUGGAAAAGACGUUCCAAAAACUAAGCUUCAAUUCGGUUUUGAACUCAAUAAGUUUGUCAGGUCAAGUUUUGGGUAAACUAAUGAUGCUGAGAGCUUCGAUAGCGUUGAUGUUAUAUUUUGAAACACUUGCAAUGGAAAGAAGCGAAUGCUUGCCUUUUUUUUUUAAGUAUUUUUUUCAAUGCUGUGCAGAUACCAUUUCUCUAAUAAGAUUUUUUUUAUUGUACUUUAAUGGUAGUUACGAAAAAGUCCUUUCUUCUUUAGUAUGCUUCAUCACUACAAAAGUAAUACAGUUAGCUGUUCCUACCACAAUGUUUACGCUUUUGGUAAUUAUUAUGAGGGUAGAGCUUGCCAAGAAUAUGUUGCUUGUUAAGUGUAACGAAUGUAAUACUAGAGGUGACAUCAGUAGCCUCCCAGAAAUAAAAGAGAAAAUUAAGUCACUAGACACUAUCAAAGACAACUUUGAAAGGCUUUUGUUGGAAGUAUACCUACUUGCCUCCCAAAAUCUGAGGUUUAAGUAUUUCUACAUUUUCAAGAUGUUAACGUUAUUUGACGUAUUUAUCCAAAGACUGAGAAAAGGUCGGUUAUUCUCCGGCUUGUUUGUCAAAGUGGACAAGGACCUAACUACUAAAAAAAUUGCGACGAUGCUAGAGUUGACACUCGGUAUCAACUUAGACAAGUCUGAUCAUUUAAUUGAUAGACUAAAAGGUAAAAAUCUUACUGUUAAUUUUACACUCGACCAACUAAACGAAAUCAUUAAAGAGUUCGAUAAAAUAAAAGAUAUUGGUACUGCUGAUUCACAAAAUUCUUUGAAUCCUUCAAAGCCAAGCAUGAAAGAUAAUACUCCCACAAUUGAGCUUUUACUCAACUCUAAUAUGGAGAAGGAGGGCGUACCAUCAUGUAGUAGUUCAAAUGACCCCACUAACGUGGGUAGCACCUCUUAUAAUUUAUCACACAAUAUCAGUAUUCACAAUGAUGGUGAAAACACGCCACAGUUAACCCGUUCGAGUGAAAAUAGCUGUGUCACUCCCAACUUACAUUUUAUGGCAAUAAACAACAACUAUGGUGACAACAGCAGCAACAGUAACAACAAUGAUAACGUUAAGUUACCAAGCAACUUCAAGAACUACUAUGACCCACCCAUGUCUUCUUUGGAUGUAUCCAUGGAUGUGCCAGACAUUUUUGGUAGUCUUGAUUUCUUUGAUUAUGACCUUCUUUUUCAGAAUGACUAA